AUGUUCAUUAUCAAUACUAUAUCAUUCCUAAUCAAGCUGGAGUCAACAACAUGGAUCUGGGCUCCCGUCCUAGCAGCGAUUAUCUUCUGGCUUCUAAGCACUCCGUCCCUUAAGACACCCCUUCCUGUAAUUAAUCAGAGGCAACGAUUCGAAAUCGGAAGCCUCGGCUCCCUAAAACGGUUUUUCAAGGAUGCACAUGGCUUAAUCAGAACUGGAUUCAGUCAGGGCAGCGCUUUUUAUCUCUACUCGGAAUUCGGGCCAAAGAUCGUGCUAGCCCCCAAGCAUGCAGAUGACUUUCGUACUCAUCCCGCAUUAAGCUUAUUGGAUGCUGUUGCGGAAGAAUUUCAUGCUCAUAUCCGAGGGUUUGACCCUUUCAAUCAGGAUCCGGCUCUUGUGAUAGAUGUUCUACGCACGAAACUGACACCGAGUUUGGAUAAGUUGGCUCGGCCUUUGUCUGAAGAGACUCGUCGUGCGCUAGGAGAGAUGCUCACAGAUGAUCCCAAUUGGCAUGAUUUACAAUUGAAGCCGAAUGUGGCUAGUCUAAUCUCCAGACUGACAUCAAGGGUAUUUCUCGGGGAGAAGCUAUAUCGCAACCCUAACUGGCAUCGAGUCACGGCCGACUAUGCCGUUCACACGUUCAUGUCCGCUUUAUUUCUCCGAAUCUUCCCACGCUGCACCAGACCCUAUGUGGCAUAUGUCCUACCAUUCUGCCGUAAGAUACGCAACGAGAUUAAGGAAGCUGUAGAAAUUAUCACUCCCGUCGUCGAAGAAAGACGGUCCGCCAAGCAAGAAGCCAUCCGUCAAGGAAAGGAGCCCGAACACUACGAGGACGCGAUGCAAUGGAUGGAAGAAUGCGCAAAAGGCCGACCUUACGACCCGACUCUUGCUCAGAUAGCACUCUCACUUGCCGCUAUACAUACUACAUCGGACCUGCUUACACAGACACUCUUCUACCUUGCUGAACGGGAGGAUGUCAUUAAGGCGCUACGAAACGAAGUAAUCGGAGUUCUGCAAAACGACGGAUGGACAAAAUCAACGUUCAGCGACUUAAAGCUUAUGGAUAGCGUAUUAAAAGAGAGUCAACGGCUGAAGCCGCACACGGGAAUGAGACGCUUCGCACAAGAAGACGUGACCCUCUCCGACGGAACCGUCCUCCCCAAAGGCACAAUCUCAGUUCUCGCCAGUGAGUCCAUGUGGGACCCUACCAUCUAUCCAGAGCCGGAGACAUUCGACGCAUACCGGUUUCUGAAGAUGCGCGAGACGCCCGGACUUGAGACUGCAGCACAGGCAGUUUCGACUUCGCCUCAGCAUCUAGGGUUCGGGUUGGGGAAGCAUGCUUGUCCUGGACGUUUCUUUGCGAUUGCUUUGAAUAAGAUCAUUCUGUGUCAUGUUCUUUUAAGGUAUGAUUUCAAGGUGGCUGAUGGGUGGAGCCCGACGGUGAGGAAGUAUGGGUUCAUAUGGCAGGCAGAUCCGGUGGCCAAGGUGUCUGUUCGGAGGAGGAAGGAGGAGAUUGUAUUAUAA